AAUAGGCAUAGGCGCACAUCUCAGCUCUGUAGCUGUAGCUCUGCCCGUCGACCGUCGAAUAUUUGUGAGCUCGAAGCGUCGUCACUUUUGAGAGGCCACUGACAGGUUGUGGAACUCGUUUGCGUCGCUGCCGUCGAGAUCGGUGCAACCACAAAAACAAACAACAAGAACGCAGAGUUUUGUGCAAAUGACAAAGAAAUUGUUGAUAAAAAAGAGUGUUUAAGCUACAUCAAAACUAAGUAAAGAAAUUACAAACAAAACAACAAAUCUACGAAAUGACAAACAAACAUGAGGAGAAACACAUGUGACUAGUGACUAAGUGACUAAGUAGCACGACCCUUUGGCCCCGCUAGUGUCAAGUGACGAGCCAAAAGUGACCCGGUUCCGUCGUUGGACCCGUGUCAGUGUCAGUGCUCUCCUCCCCCCUGCGUCCCCUUCACGUAAUCGAAUUACGUAUUUGGUAACUAGUGUCCAGCAUCCAGCAGAGGACAUCUGUUUGCUCGCAAACAUUGGUGUGCGAUUUGUCGGCCAAAGUCAAUAAAAAAGGCGAGUAAACAAACAAACGCGAAACGACAAGUAAAAGAAUAAAGCGCAAAGUCACACGGCAAAAAAAAGCAAAAGCAAAACAAACAAAAACAUUUUCCGGCUCCGGCGACAUUAACAGAACUGCUCGACAUCGACAAUUUGUUUUAUCAAUUUUCAACAAGGUCAACAACAACUACAACAACAAUAGCACAGCAGCCAAACAAACCAACAACAAACAACAAAAGCGCCCAGAGUGCUUAGCCGCGCUUCGCGUCGAGCACGCACGCCAACCACCAACAACAACAACAGUAACAACAAUAAAGCAGAGCAGAGCAGAGAAAAGCGAGCAUCUCUUCGAAUUGGAAUCCACCUUCAACUCCACCCACUCCAGGGCCGCCACAGCAUCCUUGGAGGGCGCGGGCGCCCCACGGUGAGCAGCACUCACACUUUCCGUUCCCAUUCACGUUCACGUUCCUGUGACAAGCGCGACAAUGGCUGCAUAUGCGCAGUUUGGAUACGGUUACCCGUCGGCAAAUCAGUUGCUUGGCGGCGCGGCAGCCACAACGGGCGGCGACAGCCAGAGCGGACAUGGAGGCGGCUCGGUGCCGUCGCCUUUGUCGGGCACCAACGAGGCAUCACUGAGUCCCUCAGCGGGUUCGACAACCACCGGCAUCACCGGCCCCGUUAGUCCAGGUGCAAUUUCGCAGUCCUCGAAUCAUGCGGGCGCUGUCGCAGUCCUUGCUGGCGGCACUGGAGCCGCCUCGGCUGCUUCGGUCAGCGAUGCCGAUGUCGUGGGCAAUGGCAGCGAGGUACAGAGCGGCGCCAUAGAUGUGGCAGAUGCGUCAGCCGCAGGAGUUGGUGGCGGUGUGGCGGCUCUUGAGGCGCAUGUGCGUGUGGCCAACAAUAUGUCCUGCUGCGAGAACGGACGUCCCAUCAUCACGGAUCCCGUCUCCGGGCACACGGUUUGCUCCUGCCAAUACGAUUCGGCUCGUCUCACACUCGGUGGCUACUCUCGCAUGGCGUUGCCCGCAGCUGGCGUUGGCGUCGGCGUCUAUGGCGGACCUUAUCCCUCGAAUGAACAGAAUCCAUAUCCGAGCAUCGGUGUUGACAACUCGGCCUUCUACUCGCCACUGAAUAAUCCCUAUGGCAUGAAGGAUGCCAGCUCUGGCUCCGAGAUGAAUGCCUGGACCUCAGCCGGUCUGCAGUCCACAAGCGGCUACUAUUCCUACGAUCCCACACUAGCGGCCUAUGGUUACGGACCCAACUAUGAUCUUGCCUCACGUCGCAAGAAUGCGACACGCGAAUCAACAGCAACGUUGAAGGCGUGGCUCAGCGAGCACAAGAAGAAUCCCUAUCCGACAAAGGGCGAGAAAAUUAUGUUGGCCAUCAUCACUAAGAUGACAUUGACCCAGGUGUCCACGUGGUUUGCAAAUGCCCGACGCCGACUGAAAAAAGAGAACAAAAUGACGUGGGAGCCCAAAAAUAAGACAGAAGACGAUGAUGAUGGAAUGCUGUCGGAUGAUGAGAAGGAAAAGGAAUCCAGCGAUGGCUCCAAGCUGCCCUCAGCCAGCGACACAUUUGAUCCCGGCCAUCAACGUAUCAAGUCCGAGCUGACCAACAACAAGUCCGACAAGGAGUUGGAUAUGGAGGAGAAACUCGAACUUGAACGCGGAGGCGAACCGCAGAAUCUGCUGGCCAUACGCGGUCUGCCGCCCUACGGCGCGCCCAGCUUCAGUCCGCAUCCCUCGCACGCCUACAAUCCCUACGCCCAUGCCCACGCCCACGCUCAUGCCCAGCACCAGCAGCAGCAGCAACAACAGCAGCAGGCGGAGCAGCAAUCGUCUGGCAUUUAUUACAAUGCUGGUGGCUAUGGACAGACGCCUGGCGGAGGAGGCGGAGCACAGGAGGCCAGUGAUUAUAGUGCCCUUCAAAAAAACCAGCUGAGCAGAGACUGUGGCAUACCGGUGCCGGCGAGCAAGCCCAAAAUCUGGAGUGUGGCCGACACAGUCGCCUGCAAGACACCGCCACCUACGGCAUAUCUCGGCCAGAACUUUUACCCGCCAGCGGGUCAGCAGCAGCAGCAGCAACAACAACAGCAGCAGUUGCCAGCCGACUCACCGAGCUCCCAGCUGCAUACGGAGCAGCAGCAGCAGCAUCAUCCACAUCCAAUGGGGAACAACAGCAACAACAACAUGACUAUGACGGGGCAGCAAGUCGAGCUCGGUUCGCCGCUGAGUAUGAUGAGCAGCUACGCCGCCGCAUCGCCAUAUUCGCGGAUACCUACGGUGUACACCGAGGCCAUGGGCAUGCAUAUAGGAUCGGGAUCGGGGCCCAAGACAUCUAUGCACCAUCGCGACCACUUGCAUACGAGUUCGAGCCAAGCGCCGCCUUACCAUCAGCAGACCAACAGUCGGGUGGUGGGGUUUACCGAGAUCCAGCCCGAUACGCCGCCCCAGACGCCGCCAAACAUGAAGCUGAUCAGUCACAUCAACAGCAGCAGCAGCAGCAGCGGGAGCAGCUCUACAGCGCAUUCCGGAACGGUGCCGGUAACAUCCAUGGGUUCAAUGCUUUACAAUAACAACAUCUAUGGGAAUUAUCUGAGUAGCGGACGCUCCAAUUCGUAAGCGGGGAAAGAGGUGGAAGAAAUGGCGUUACCAAAUACCAAAAUUGACUAAACAGGCCCAAGGGGGAUAAGUGCAAAAUACAAAAUUGUUGCAGGCAUCAGAACGAGAGAGCGAGAGAGAGAUGCCAACGAUAACGAUAGCGAUAACGAUAACAGUAACCACACUAAUUAUUUUGCAAUAAAUGUAGCUUAAGUACGGCAAUAAAACUUUAUUUCCUACCAUAUCGUAAAUUAUUUCACUUUAUAACUUUAAUUAGCAUAUUUACACUCUUCAAUUUAAGCUGAAACUUUCAGACAGACAGCGAGACGGGGCGGGGAUGUGGGGGAAUGACUAAACGUCGCUCCAGACACACGACAACAGUUUGUCAUGCAGCGGGAUUUGAGUCAUUAUCUUCUGCUCGAGUUUAAUGACUUGAACACAACACUAACAUAAUGCCUGAAAAGAAGAAGUCACGAGUGUCGAGAGCACACUUCUUGUUCUUCUUCAAUUCAUUCAUAGCAAGUGCGAGUUCACGAGUACUCAAAUUUGUCUAAACUAUCAUGUGUCCCCAUUAAAACUUUGUAGAUAAUCAAGUUCAAUACUAUGUAAAUUACACAAUUAUAGAAAUAUACUAAUAAAAAAAAGAAUUAUAGAUAGUGUCUUGUGUAUGCUUUUGUAAUCCUAUAUGAUAGCCAGUUUUUCUGUGAUAUAUCCAUGUACUUGCAUGUGCAUGUUAGUGAUGCACAGACUUAACGAUAACACUACAUUAACUUAUAACUUUAAACGUACACUUAAGAUUAGCCCAUAUCACAUAUUGCCCCCAUUCAUAUUCAUAUUGCAUUCAAAAAUACCCUGUACUGCGCCAGCAAGGGUAUACUCGCAUACGUAAGUACUCGUAUGUUAUGCUCUAUGUGUAUCUAUGUACUCUAGUUGAAUAAUAUGAACCUAUUAACCGAUUCCUAGCUAGUUUCUAUAUACUUUAUCAUUUACUUUUCCUGUAAUAUGUACGAAUAUUAAAUACACUUAAAUAAUUAAUUACAAAUUUAUUAAAUAAAAUACA